CACGAAUACAAAGAGCCAUACGACCUUCGGGUAUCCUUUUUCCAUUUUUUUUUCUUCUUAAUAUUGUGUGUGUUUUCAAUUUUUAAAAAAACUAGAGAUCCGUGUCAGUGCUGGGGCCUAGACAGUCGGCCAUGGACUGUCCUCCUUCAGCAGCUUCCCUACUCCUCCACAGAAUCGACGAGCUGGAGCCUGCUGCUCUUCUGACCACUUUGGAUGAGAAAGGACGGUGAAUACUGAGGCCAGUGUUCAGCUCAGUGACGUCCAUUUGACUGGAGCACUCUUUGGAGCCAGCAGCAGUGUGAUCCCAGCUUGCUACUGUGGGCAGCAGUCAUGUCCUUCAGUGCGACCAUCCUCUUCUCCCCUCCCAGUGGCAGUGAGGCCAGGUGCUGCUGCUGUGCCUGUAAGAGCGAGACUAGCGGGGGCAGCACAGGUUCUCAGGGUGGGAACCCUGGCGGUACCCCCAUUACAGUGACAGGACAUGGCCUGGCGGUUCAGAACUCCGAGCAGCUCCUGCAUAUCAUCUACCAGCGGGUGGACAAGGCAGUGGGGCUGGCUGAGGCCGCCCUGGGUCUCGCUCGGGCCAACAAUGAGUUGUUAAAGCGGCUCCAGGAGGAAGUGGGUGAGCUACGUCAAGGGAAAGGGUGUGCCCCUGAUGAAGAUGGGGAAAGUCGGGCCCACAGCCCCCCACUCCAGGAGCCUGGACCACUCAAGGAGAGUCCUGGGGAAGGCUGCAAGACUCUGUCUGCCAUGGAAGAGGAGUGUGACAGCAUGGGCAGCGGGGUGCAGGUGGUGAUCGAGGAGCUGCGACAGCUGGGGGCAGCUUCCUCCUCCGUGGGGCCUGGGUCUCUGCCCUUCUCAGCCCCCCAAAGGGACCUGCGGCUCCCAGGAUACACGCUGGGGGCUGGCGAGGCCCCGCUGCUCAACCCACUGGAAGACUAUGUGGCCUCUGAGGGUACAGUUCAGCGAGUGUUGGUCCCUGCUUAUGCCAAACAGCUUUCACCAGCCACACAACUGGCUAUCCACAGGGUGUCCUCAGAGACAGGGCCAGAAAAUGGAACCAAGCUGCCACUACCUCACCCUGAGGACAUGCUCAGUGCUGCUGCCACACUGGACACUGCCUUGGAAGAGUCAGCCCCUGGGAGCACUGGGGAGCUGAGACACUCUCUGGGCUUCAUUGGCUCCCCAUGCAGAAUCAGAGGGAGCGGGCAGAAGAACUCCAGGCGCAAGCGGGACCUGGUACUCUCUAAAUUGGUCCACAAUGUACAUAACCACAUCACCAAUGACAAGAGAUUCAAUGGCUCUGAAAGCAUCAAGUCUUCUUGGAACAUUUCUGUAGUGAAGUUCCUUUUGGACAAGCUCAAGCAGGAGCUGGUGACCAGUCCUCACAAUUACACUGAUAAAGAGCUGAAAGGAGCCUGUGUGGCCUACUUCCUUACCAAGAGGCGUGAGUACCGCAACUCCCUGAACCCUUUUAAAGGACUAAAGGAAAAAGAGGAAAAAAAACUUCGAAGUCGCAGAUACAGGCUUUUUGCCAACCGAUCCAGUAUUAUGAGGCAUUUUGGACCGGAGGACCAACGCCUGUGGAAGGAUGUGACUGAAGAGCUGAUGUCAGAUGAGGAGGACAGUCUUAAUGAGCCCGGCGUCUGGGUGGCCCGUCCUCCACGUUUCAGGGCCCAGCGACUCACAGAGCUCUGCUACCACCUAGAUGCUAACUCCAAGCAUGGCACCAAAGCCAAUCGUGUAUACGGGCCUCCCUCAGACAGGCUGCCUUCUGCAGAAGUCCAGCUCCUUCCACCCGAGCUGUACAACCCUAAUUUCCAAGAAGAGGAAGAGGAAGGAACCAAUGAGAAUGGACCUAUCUCCCCAUCUUUUGACCAGCCUCAUAAGACUUGCUGUCCUGACUUGAACUCUUUCAUCGAAAUCAAGGUGGAAAAGGACGAGUGAAGUCUGUAACUAGACUCACUGGCUUCUGAUACUCCACAUGCCCCAGAAAUGGGUGGCUCACUCAGAACAAGGCUGAGAGAGCAAGCCUGCUUCUCCUGUCUUGGUGAGAGAACAGAAUUCAGUGGGAUGGGGGCAUUCCCCACUGCAUAUUCCUAAACUAAAAGGUGCCUCAGGAGCCUGGGAUGAGAAAAGGAGGAUGAGUCAAAGAAACAAGAGUCUUUGAUAUA